AUGUUCUUUCCUACCAAUGCCCUUAUACUUCUCACGUAUGGCACCUUUGUCUGGACUCAUUCAGUCCGCGACCUCGGCGCUGAGGACUUCUUCGACCUCGUGCAUUCAGACACCAUUGCUCUUGUUCUAUUCGUAACCCCUGGUUGUGGGAAGUGCGAUGAGAUUACUGCUCAGUUCGAGCAGGCCUCAGACCUAUCCCCCAAGGCCAGCUUUGUACGAGUAGAUUGUUCAACUGAGGGCAAGGUCUGCGAUGAUGUCAAAGUUCUCCAUGUUCCAGAAGUAAGGCUUUCAAGAGGCCGUGAUCGACUCACCCUCUACAGCGGCGCCUUAGACACUUCAGCACUAUUGUUAUUGAUCGAACGGCAACAUGGUCCAGCUGUUACGGAACUAAGCGAUGCCAAUUACGAUGAGUUCUUGAGCACUGAUUACGUUUCAAUCGUCGCCUUCAUUAAUGAUCAAGACGAAGACUCCAUCGAAGUAUAUACACAGGUGGCUGAAAAGCUCCGUGGUGAAUACGCCUUUGCAAUUACCCAUAAGUCUAGUCGAGCGACCGAUGAAGGUAUCACCCGACCAGCUAUUAUGCUUGUCAGCACAUUUGACGAGCGUCGCAGCAGCUACGAAGGACCUUUUGAGCAUGAGUCACUUGAGACGUUCAUCCAGAAACACGGGACGCCCUUGAUUGGAGAGCUACACCCAGAGGUUUAUGCUAGCUUCUCCGAGACCAACUUGCCACUAGCCCAGAUUUUGGUGCCGUCUCUGACAGAGCGCGAUCAUCUGGUUGACUCGCUUUAUCCGCUAGCUCGAAGAUAUGCCAAUGUCUUGACCUUUGUUACCGUCGAUACAAGCAGGUACCCCAAGCGGGCGGCUAUGCUGAAUCUCGCCGACGGCAUCAAAUUGGGUUUUGCAAUUGAGGAUGUCAUCUCAACAGAGAAGUUCCCGUUGAAGAGUAAGCCCGUCAAUGCCGAAAGCAUCACAACAUUUGUCAAAGAUUUUGUAGCUGGCAAGCUGAAACCAGAAGUCCGAUCUCAGCCUGCACCAGAAAAGCAACAAGGUCUCUGUCUCGAACUGGUCGGACAUACUUUUAGAGAAACAGCUUUCGAUGAAACUCGAGAUGUCCUUGUGGAGUUCUACACGCCAUGGUGUGAUUAUUGUCUUGAGUCACAUGCUGUCCUCGAAGAGCUCGCCAUACACUAUCGCAAUGGCGGUCUAGGAGACAGCAUAUCCGUGGCUAAAAUCGAUGUCAGUAGCAACGAUGUCCCUGAGUUGAUUACAGGCUACCCAACGCUGAAGCUGUACCCAGCUGGUGGACACCCCCCGGUUACAUUUGAUGGCAACUAUCACGAACCCAUUCCUCUGGUGACGUUGAUUACCUUCAUCUACGAUAAUGGCCGCAAUCAGUUAAAGGCUAAGCCUUCCCAGUUUUCACAUUCUUCAACAAUGUCCGAAGCCUCUAUUCCACUAGAGGCAGGACAAGAUGACUUGUCAAGUAAGAGCUCCGACAGAGCCAAUUCGAGUCUGAAGCAUGAAGAACUGUAA